GAGACCUCAAACGAGUCGUCUGUGGUCUCUUGGUGGGGGAGGGAGUGUCUGGGUUCCGUUCACCCAAAAUGAAAGUGUAGUGUAGCGGCUUAGGCGGUGUCGGAGAAUCGAGCUCUCCCUAAGGGUUCGAUCACAGGAAACCUCGUCUCCUCGCCUUUCCACCACCACCACCACCACUCAGGGCAGCGUGGGUGUGGGAGGGAGCUUCGUAGAUAAGUGUGCGAGGUGUGCUGCAUUUUUGUAGGUGGAGAAUGGCGAGGAGGGAGCGUGUGUGCUGGGCAGCGGCGGUGGCGGUGAUGCUGUGGUUAGCGGUGGACGUCCCCUCCGCUGCCGCCGUCGCCAGCGAAUCCUGUUCCGCCGUCAAGAGUGUCUACCAGGGCCCGGGCUUCCGCGAGACCGUCCCGUCGCAACCUGUACCAGGCCAACACCUCAAGAUAUGCCGUGGGGAGACCACGUGCUGCACGGAGGUGAUGGAACGAAAGCUUAGUGUCGAGAGCCGCCAUGAGUUUGACACCAACCUCAAGAACCUCCUCAACCCCCUGGCCAAUCUGUUCAGUAAGAAGAACGUGAAGUUGAACGAGGUAUUCUACAAGCUGCUCAACCAGAGUCGGAUAAACUUUGAUGAGAUGUUCAGCCGCACGUAUGGCAUCCUGUACCAGCAGAAUGCUUAUGUCUUCACCACACUGUAUGACAAGCUGGAGGACUACUUCAGGAAUGGAGAGCAGGACCUGCAGGUUACCAUGGACAACUUCUUCAAACUUUUAUACCAGCGCAUGUUCACUGUCUUCAAUGUCCAGUACACUUUUAAUGCACGAUACCUGCGAUGUGUAACUCACCACAUGGAGCAACUGAAACCAUUUGGUGAAGUUCCGAAGAAACUCACAACUCAGAUCAAGAGAAGUUUCGUGGCUUUACGUACCUUUGCCCAAGGCCUUGCAAUAGGGCGAGAUGUGGUGAAAAAUGUCCUCAAGGUGAAUCCAAGUAUCAGUUGUGUUCAUGAGCUAAUGAGAAUGACCCACUGUUCUACAUGUGAUGGUCAUAAGGGAGUUAGGCCUUGCCUGCCCUACUGCAGGGAAGUCAUCAACCUUUGCUUGAUCCACCACCAACCACUUAAAGAAUCCUGGAUAAAUUAUGUUGAUGCCAUGGUUAAAGUUGGGGAAAGGUUAGAAAAUCCCUUCAACAUUGAUAAUGUUGUCCAGCCUGUAAACUACAAAAUCUCAGAUGCAAUAAUGAAUUUCCAAGAGUCCGGUGUAGAUAUUUCAGAGAAGGUGUUCAAAGGGUGUGGACCCCCUCGCCUGGGACGCAAGAGAAGAGAAGCAGUUCGUGGUGAGCUAACACCAGAGUUUUUGGACUUCAGAAGCAAUGAUCGGCAAGAUAAGAAGAGAGACAGGGAUACUGAUAUAGUGUCUGUCAGCAGACAUGUCCAUGAAAUUAAGACUAAGAUUAGGAAUUCUCGUGACUUUUGGAGUGAGCUUCCCACCAAGAUGUGCAGAGAUGCUGACGAGGAAGGGGUUCCCAGGUGUUGGACAGGUACUAAGCUUGGCAAGUAUGAAGCAAGCACUGGACUGAAUAUCUCUGAGCCUCCUCACCACAGUUCAGAAAUGGAUGAGCAGAUCAUGCGGAUCAAGGUCAUAACCAACAAACUGCUUGAUGCAUACUUGGGGAAAGAUGUAUCAUGGAUAGAUGAAGAGACUUGGCUGAAGACUAGCAACAGGCAGAAUGAAGAGACAGUUGGUGAUGAUGCCACAGUAGGGUAUGAGGGAAGUGGUAGUGGCAGUGGGGAUGGUCCCCCAACCUCUUCUGGGCACUAUCCCCCAGAUGAUGAGGAUGCCUAUACCUCAUCUGGAAAAGGAGAUGACAGGACCCGGUACGAAGACGACUCUUAUGAUGAUGAUGAAGACAUCUACUUAUACAGCAAUUCAGGGGGAGGCAGACAAAACAACAACAAUGCUUAUGAGGGCUCAGGGGCAGGCUGGGAUGGGGAUGAUUAUGAAGGAUCAGGAGGUUUUGUGCCCAAGACUCGGCAGCCAGUUUACAACACUCCCCCACAUGAAACUCCUGGCCACAAUACUCCCAAGAGUGAGGGGGAUCAGCCUCCCUCAGGUGCCUCAAAGGAGACCAUGUCACUCAAUCGUGCCAUCACCAUCUACAUGCUGCCGGCCAUCAUCAUGUUCCUGGGUUCCUUGGUCUAAGGCUCCCUUUUUAGUCCACAGGUGGCAAAACUGAACUACGAGAUAUUGAAAUUAAAGAAAAAGAAAAACAGUUUUCUGAAUGUAAAAUGGUGAGUGGUGACUUUUGGAUGACACACUGGAAAAACUGUCUAGGUGACUUUUCCUGAAAAGUUACAAAAUUAGUCACUUUUUAUAAUUUAUUAUUUUUAACUCAGUGCUUUUAGUUUCUACAUGAAUUUUUUUAGGACAAUGAAAACAGUUCAAAUGAAAAUUGGACACUGACUUACUGUUAGAUGAUAAACGUAACAUUUGAACAAUGAAAAAUUUAAUAUUUAGAAAACAUUUUCUUUGUGCAUUACUUGAGUUUGAUGACAGUUUGUGAUUGUAUCAUUGCAAAGAGUUGAAAAGUCAACCAUAGACGCCUUGUGUUGUGCCAGCCAUGCUUGGGCUGGCAGUUGAUGGUGACCCAGUGGAGGAGAUCACUGAACUCUGCUAUUGAUUUGUCAGAGAUUGUGACUGUGGUUCUUUGGGUCUGAUGUUUGAGGUUCUCUCACCUGCAAUUUGUGUCUAAAUAUGAAAGAAAAUCUCACAUAGGCUGAGGAACUGUUGACCUUAUGUAAGUCUCCAGAACAGGAAAACAGGACUGAAGGCUUUGAAACUAAUGUAAUGGAACUUGUAUGCCAAGAGUAUAGCCCUGUAUCAAGUUACAAUCAAGUUGAUUUUAUUAAUGUCCAAUAGUUGUACUGAAGCUUGACAUCUGUAUUUAAUUACUGUUUUUAUUUUGCUUUACUAAUGGUUCAAUCUGAGAGCAAUUGACUUGUUCUUUGCAAACUUCUUGCAAACUCCUUCAGAGGCCAAUGUCAAUAUAUAUACCUUUUGAUUUCUUUCCUUCAAAGGCCAAGCUAUGAUAUCAAUCUUAAGAUAAAUGUUCAGACAACCUAACACUGAACCCCUUGCAUGCAGUCCCCUUCUGUUGCUGUGAUAGCUAAGUAUAUCAAAACAUUUAUCUGGUCUUGAAUCAAAACUCGGCCGUCCAGGCAAGAAAUUAACCACAUUUCCUCCUUCAUUUUAUUUCUUAUUUAUGUACUCUUCUGAAUAUGUAGUCCACUAUGUAUGAAUGUGUAUGUAUAAUGUGAUUAGUUUUCAGCAUACUCUUACUUUUGUCUAGUGAUGAAAGUAUUGUUAGAAUCAUCAGCUCAUUACAUUACCAAGAUUUAGGACUCUCACUGUAAGCGUGUCUUUUUUCAUCAUCAUUGUGAGAAAAUGAUUUGUCUGUUGUGUGAUAAUCAUCAUACUUGCAUAUAGAUAUCUUCUAAGAGCAUAAUAUAGACCAACAAGAGGACCUCUCACCCUAGAUAUAAUAGGUAGCCAAGAUAUGAGGACUUGAUUAUUACUGUUGACAUUCAUGAAAGGCGGUGUUUAGUUACAGUAGCCCAGAAUUAAUUUGGUGGUCCUACAGGAGGAUAGCAGAGUGGUCUUGAAUGCUCUGUAUUUAAUGCCUGGAUGCAGUGUUGAUAUUCAUACUCUACCAUAUCUAUUAACAAUAAUACAUUAAAGUUGGGUAUUAACUCUUACUUUUGGUGCAGACCAAGCAAUCAAUCAUCUUAAUCUUGAAUGGAAAGCAAUAAGUGUGUACAAUACAGUAAGAUGAUUUGUGAAGACUCCAGAACUACCCACAUUUAGAAAUACAUGGUACUAAUUUAUGUAAAAUUGAAUUAUUAUUAUACUAGGUCAGGGAUGGGCAACCUCUCUCAAUCAGCAGACUAUAGGGUCAUUUUAAGUAUAGAAUUAUUGUGUCGCAUACUUUUAGAAUAACUGAGGAUUUAAGAUAAUUCAUCCACUCUGAUAAUGAAAAAUAAACUUGGAAUCUAAAAAUUAAACUUUGAUAAUGAAAAAAAAACCUUGGAAUUCAAAACUUGGAACUCAAAAGUUAAAAUUCUAUCUAAAUAAAUAGGAGACUGACAUCCCUCUUAAACCUUAAAUGACUGCAAUUACGAAAUAAAAUCUUCAUAAAUUACGAUAUACUUUUACUGUGCAAUUCCAUAAUCUUUAUUUCCAUAUACAGUAAGUCCCUGCACUUGGCGAAUCUCAGCUUGGCGAAAUUCACUUUUGGUGGUAGGGUGGCCAUGGACCACUGAGUGUAUGCUUGGCGAUUUGAAUUCAAACUUGGCGGCCGCGCUGCGAACCACGUGGCUCCCCGGUGACGUCAAACCUAUCACAACGCAGUGUGAGAGUCCCAUUCAGCCAUUUUGUUUGUGCUACCCUCUGUUCUGCUAAUGUGGGAACGAAUUCUUGCGAUUUACCGCCAACAUGGCCUCUACCAGCGCUACAGGUGGUACCAUUGGGGUAAGGACAAUGGUGGUGGUGGCAAGGACGAAAGUGGGCAAGGGAAACAGGUGGAAAAACGGGAGUACUGACAAGGAAAGCAUCACAAAUCGUAAGGCAAAAGAUUUUAUUUCAGCUCGAAAGAUGGUAUUUUUGGGGUCAAAAGAGAGACUUUGGCAAUGAUCAAAGACUGAUUGAGGCAUUUUUUAGGCAAUUUAUAUGGUAUAAAGAACUUGUGCUUGACGAAAUUUGCAUUUGACAGACUAAUUAAUUCGCCAAGUGCGGGGGCUUUGUAAUUAUGUUUCCCCUGUACGGAGAAAGUCUAGAAUUGAUACCACCAAUGUUUAUGGGUGAAGGACAUCACUGAAGGAAUAAAAAUGUAGAGGAUGAGUCUCCUGUCCACUUUGUCUCUUUCAAGUUGUCUUUAUAACAUCCACAGGAUGGAAGGUGGCAAAAUUACUAACAAUAUGUAUUGACUUUAAAAUUCUUUCCACCUGCAGUCAUAUAUAUUACCAAGUGAUUAUAAGAAUUAUAAUAACUGAAACGAGACAAAAGUGUAACAGUGUUAAAUUUUUAAAUUGAAGAUACACACCAAAUCUAAACAAAAAUUUGUCAUGCCAAUACCAAAAAAAAAAAAACAUUGUUUACUGGAUUAGACCUGUAAGCUACAAACCAGAUAUGAAUAAAAUUACCACAGUACACCAAGCCAUAUGUGACUCACUGACUACAGGUUGCCCAUGUCUGCACUAGAGAUUUAGGUCUUUGUGUUUUGAAUUAUUUUAUCUUCUGCAAAUACAAAGUUGGUGAUCUCAAGAGCUUGGUUAAACUCUACCUCCUCUCACACAUAGGUGGGCUAUAAGUCUGUGUGCAGACAGGAUAUAAAUAAAUACAGGAAAAUGCUUGCAGGUGUUAAUAUUUGCUUUCUUUGUAUCCCACUUGAAAUGUAAGUCAUACAGGAAGAUUUAUAUUUGGCUUGGAAGUAUGUUAAUCAUACUGAGUUUCUGGGUCAGUACAUAUUUAUAUGUAUUUGCACAAAGUCCUUUUUUGUUACUGAUAACCAAGUUAGUAAGGUCACCAGUUCUACCUAAUAUGUACCAUAUUAUAGCCAGUCUUAUUUCCAUUAAAUUAACUAGUAAGCACAAGAGGAAGUAUUAUAACUUGUUAAUUCUUGUAUUACUGCCAUGAAGUUUUAAGUAUCUUGUAAAUUUGUCACAAAUUUAGUUAUUUAAUAAUUGUAUAUCAAUUUUUAUAUGUAUGAAUUCAGUUUUAAGCACUUUUAUAUGUAACUACUCCUUACCUGCAUAUGAAUUAUUUUCAGUGAUUUUUACUCUUCUGCAAGUUUGUCACAAGUAUAAAACUCUCAAUCUUGAGUGAGGCACUUAAAGUCUGCAGACCCUGGAGGCUCCAAAUGGACUGAAAACUGAAAUAUUAGCAAUAGCUCUGCAACACCCAGUGAGGAACUUCACUUUCUGUCUGUAUGUGCUUGGGUCAUUCAGUCAUUAUGACAUAAGAUGUGGCAGACUUUUUAAGUGAUGAUUUAACACUAUCAGCUCUGCAGAGGAAGCUUAAAAAUUAUUCAUCCUCAGAUUUCUAGUUUUGAUGUAUAAUUUCUUUCAGCUUUCAUAAUGAUUUUGAGGAAUGUUACCAAUAGUAAGAGUAUCAAAAAAUGAAUAAAUAAAUAAAUAAAAAUGUUGGAAAAAGCUGGGCUAGAAAAUAUUCCUUACUUAAUGCUCCACUAUUGUGCUACUGAUGUUUUGCAAGAAUGUGAAAUUUACUCAGUAGUCCUCCAAAAAAUUGUAGAACUGGUGUUAAAGUUUUCAUAGUCACUAAAAAGACCUCAGACAAUACUGCAUUUAAUUAUAGUCUCAUGCAAUGAUGUAAAGGUAUGUGGAUUGAUAAUUGCCUCAAUCAGUCAAUGCAUCACUGGGCAGUUUAUUAAAUUCCAUUCUGUAAGGAGGAUGUCUGUACAGAGAUAUUUUGUUAUUUUAUUGUACAUAAUACAUAAUGUGAAAAUC